AUGAACAUCGUGGGCAGCUACGCGCACCAUCACCACCACCACCACACGCAUCCCGCGCACCCCGUGCUCCACGAGCCCUUCCUCUUCGGUCCGGCCUCGCGCUGUCACCAGGAGCGGCCGUAUUUCCAGAGCUGGCUGCUGAGUCCCCCUGACGCCGCUCCGGACUUCCCAGUCGCUGGGCCACCGCCCACAGCCGCAGCGGCCUCGACCUCUGCCGCUUACAGUCAAGACUCCAGUUCCGGCCAGAGCCCCGGGCACCUGGAGGCCCUCAGCGGCCGCCUGGGCCGGCGGAAAGGCUCGGGACCCAAGAAGGAGCGGAAGCGCACCGAGAGUAUUAACAGCGCGUUUGCGGAGCUGCGCGAGUGCAUCCCCAACGUGCCGGCCGACACCAAGCUCUCCAAGAUCAAGACUCUGCGCCUGGCCACCAGCUACAUCGCCUACCUGAUGGACGUGCUGGCCAAGGACGCACAGGCCGGCGACCCCGAGGCGUUCAAGGCCGAAAUCAAGAAGGUGGAUGGCGGUCGCGAGAGCAAGCGGAAAAGGGAGCUGCAGCAGCAUGAAGGCUUUCCUCCUGCCCUGGGCCCAGGUGAGAAGAGGAUUAAAGGGCGCACAGGCUGGCCACAGCAAGUCUGGGCGCUGGAGUUAAACCAGUGA